GCAUAUCUUUGAGGACCCUCCCUGCAAGUGUCCCAAUAAGUUCUGUGUGGAGAGACAGGCUCGCGUCGGAGAGAAGAUGCUCUUCAUCCGGAUGCUACACAACAAGCAUGUGAUGGUGCGUGUGGGAGGAGGCUGGGAGACCUUUGAGAGCUACCUGUUGAAACACGACCCAUGUCGGAUGCUCCAGAUCUCCAGAGUGGAGGGGAAGACCUUUCCCAUGUCCCCCAAGUCACCCAACACCAAGGACCUCACCCCAGACAGCUACUUGGUGGUGGCCGCACACUACCGCAGCAAGAAGUAAAGAUGGCCGCCUACUACCACAACAAGAAGUAAAGAUGGCCGCCUACUACCGCAGCAAGAAGUAAAGAUGGCCGCCUACUACCACAACAAGAAGUAAAGAUGGCCACCUACUACCGCAGCAAGAAGUCAACUGGCGCUUCAACCAAGGGGA